AUGGCGACGCAUGAUUCUCCCAUCGUGCUCGUGACGGGCGUCAACGGCCACAUUGGCUCGACCGCAACCGCCGCCUUCAUCGCCGCCGGCUACCGCGUCAGGGGCACCGUCCGGUCUCUCGAGAAGCAUCAGGCCAGUCUCUCCGAAGCUUUCCAAUCUCAUAUCGACGCUGGCCUGCUGCAAGUCAUUGGCAUUCCCGACUUCAACGCCGAUGGUGCCUUUGAUGACGCGGUAAAGGGCGUCCAUGCCAUCGCCCACACGUCUCCCCCGGGCCUUCGCUUCGACGAAUACGUCGGCGGGCCCAAAGCCAUCAUCGAGCGCGCCAGAAGGAGCACCCAAAACCUCCUCUCAUCUGCCGAGGCCCACGCCGGCGCCACCCUCAAAUCGGUCGUUCUCGUCUCGUCCCUCGCCGCCAUGAUGCGCCUUCAAGACGAGCCGGGCUACCGCUACACUGGCGACGAGUUUAACACCGAAUACAUUGACCUCUCGCUGCAGGCUGGCGACGAGGCCGGCCUCGGCCUGCUGUAUGGGGCGGUCAAGGUCGCCGAGGAGCAGGCGUUCUGGGACCAUCUCAGCGAUCCCCAGCGCAAGUCGACCUUUACAGGAGCGGUGGUCAGCCCCUCCUUUGUGGCCGGUCCGAUCCUCGUGAGGCCUGCGGAGCCGGACAGCAUGACACCCAGCAUGAAGACGGUGUGGUAUAUCUACGCGGGCGCCGUGUGGCCUGACGAGUUUCCCAUGCCGACCUGGGUCGACGUGCGGGACGUCGCGAAAGCGAUUGUCUUUGGCGUGCAGGAGCCAGAGAAGGCCAAGGGGCGGAGAUUCCUGCUGGCCGCCUACCGGGUCGGGCGUCAGGCUUUUGCGGACGUUCUGCGAGAGAAAAUCCCCGAGCGGAAGGAUGUCAUCCGGGAGGGAACGCCGGGAAAGGGUUACCCUGCCGACUUUGUGACAUGGGGAGCUGAGGAGGUUGGCAUGGAUGGCAGUCGAUUGACUGAGCUCAGUGGGCAGGGAUAUCUUCCGUUUGAGGAGUGUGCGGUGGGCACGGCGAAGUCUUUCGAUCCGUACCUUGCGGAGGGCAAGGAGAAGCGGUACACGGAGGAAGUGCCGGUCCUUUUCCACGCUCUACGCAACCUGGCCGUGGGUCUCGGUGGCGCCUGGUCCCUCGUCAACCCGCGCACCAGCCUCAUCCACUUCGGCUUCCCCGCCCGCAUCGCCGACCGUCCCGAGACGUGGCCCGUCGCCCGUGUCGGCCACGCCCGCACCAUGAGCCUCGGCCUUAUCAUGGCGCUCUUCUACGCGCGUGGCCAGUACGACGUUGUCGACACCAUCAUGGGGGUCAUGGCUGGCUCACUGGCUCUUGUUGACGGUUGUGUCGAGUGGAACGAGGGCUUCCAUGCGUGGGCCGUCUUUCGGUUCGUGGGUGCCGGCGCCUUCUCUGCUCUGGGGUUUGCCGGCUCGACGCAGGGUCCUGUCUGCUAG